AUGAGCAGGGAUGCAGAAAUGGAGCUUUUUGGGGUGGCUGCCCCUUUCCUCCGCAAAUCUGAGAAGGAGCGGAUAGAGGCUCAGAACCAACCCUUUGAUGCCAAGACCUAUUGCUAUGUGGCUGAGCCCAAGGAGGAAUAUGCCAAGGGGAAAAUAAAGAGCACUGAAGGUGGCAAGACAACUGUGGAUACAGAUGAUGGCAGGACCCUGACUGUCAAGUCAGAGGAUGUGUAUGCUAUGAAUCCACCGAAGUUUGACCGAAUUGAGGACAUGGCGAUGCUAACGCACUUGCAUGAACCUGCAGUUCUGUAUAACCUCAAAGAUCGCUACAGCUCCUGGAUGAUUUAUACCUACUCCGGUCUCUUCUGUGUCACCAUCAAUCCAUACAAAUGGCUGCCUGUGUACAAUCCAGAAGUGGUGGCUGGUUACCGGGGCAAAAAACGUUCAGAAGCACCACCUCACAUCUUCUCCAUUUCUGACAAUGCCUAUCAGUUCAUGCUAACUGAUCGUGAAAAUCAGUCUAUCCUGAUCACUGGAGAAUCCGGGGCUGGAAAGACUGUCAACACGAAGCGUGUCAUCCAGUACUUUGCAACAAUUGCAGCUACUGGAGAACUAAGCAAGAAAAAGGAAACGCAAUCCAAGAUGAAGGGGACACUUGAAGAUCAAAUCAUCAGUGCCAACCCUCUUCUAGAGGCUUUUGGGAAUGCCAAGACUGUGAGGAAUGACAACUCUUCCCGCUUUGGCAAAUUCAUUCGGAUUCACUUCGGUGCCACUGGAAAGCUGGCCUCUGCAGAUAUCGAGACCUAUCUGCUGGAAAAGUCCAGAGUAACCUUUCAGCUGAAGGCUGAAAGGAGUUACCACAUUUUCUAUCAGAUUCUCUCCAAUAAGAAGCCAGAACUGAUUGAAAUGCUUCUCAUCACCACUAACCCUUAUGACUAUCCAUUCAUAAGUCAAGGAGAGAUCGCAGUCCAAAGCAUUGACGACCAAGAGGAGCUCAUAGCAACAGAUACAGCUAUAGAUAUCCUGGGUUUCACUGCGGAAGAGAAAGCUGCAAUCUAUAAAUUGACAGGGGCAGUGAUGCACUAUGGAAACAUGAAGUUUAAACAGAAACCCCGAGAGGAGCAGGCAGAACCAGAUGGAACUGAAGAGGCUGACAAGGCAGCUUAUCUGAUGGGCCUGAAUUCUUCAGAUCUCUUGAAAGCCUUGUGCUUCCCCCGAGUGAAAGUGGGGAAUGAAUACGUGACCAAAGGUCAAACUGUGGACCAGGUACACCAUGCUGUCAAUGCCCUUUCCAAAUCUGUCUAUGAAAAGCUGUUCUUCUGGAUGGUCGCUCGGAUCAAUCAACAGCUGGAUACGAAGUUGCCCCGACAGCACUUCAUUGGGGUGUUAGAUAUUGCAGGUUUUGAAAUCUUUGAGUUCAACAGCUUGGAGCAGCUCUGCAUCAACUUCACCAAUGAGAAACUGCAACAGUUUUUCAACCACCACAUGUUUGUGCUGGAGCAGGAGGAGUACAAGAAGGAGGGAAUUGAAUGGACUUUCAUAGACUUUGGCAUGGAUUUGGCUGCCUGCAUUGAACUCAUUGAGAAGCCAAUGGGCAUUUUCUCUAUCUUGGAAGAAGAGUGCAUGUUUCCUAAGGCAACAGACACAUCUUUCAAGAAUAAGCUUUAUGACCAGCACCUUGGCAAAUCUGCCAACUUCCAGAAACCCAAGCCUGUCAAAGGCAAGGCUGAGGCCCACUUCUCCCUAAUACACUACGCAGGGAUUGUGGACUACAAUAUCACUGGCUGGCUGGAGAAAAACAAAGACCCCUUAAAUGAAACUGUUGUGGCACUCUAUCAGAAAUCAUCAAUUAAGAUUUUGGCUAACCUUUAUGCCACCUUUGCUGCCCUGGAUGAUGCGGAAGGUGGGGGUGCUAAGAAGAAAGGAGCAAAGAAGAAGGGGUCCUCUUUCCAAACUGUGUCUGCGCUGUUCAGAGAAAACUUGAACAAACUGAUGUCCAACUUGCGGACAACUCACCCACAUUUUGUGCGCUGCAUCAUCCCCAAUGAAACCAAAACUCCAGGUGCAAUGGAACACAAGCUUGUCCUACAUCAGCUGAGAUGUAAUGGAGUGCUUGAAGGAAUUCGAAUCUGCAGGAAGGGAUUUCCAAACAGAAUCUUAUAUGGAGAUUUUAAACAAAGAUACCGUGUCCUGAAUGCUAGCGCCAUCCCAGAAGGCCAGUUUAUGGACAGCAGGAAAGCCUGUGAGAAAUUGCUGGGAUCCAUUGAUAUUGAUCACACCCAGUACAAAUUUGGGCACACCAAAGUGUUCUUCAAGGCCGGUUUGCUGGGUCUUUUGGAAGAGAUGAGAGAUGAUCGUCUGGCACUGCUAAUUACUCGCACACAGGCUAUGUGCAGGGGCUUCCUUAUGAGAGUGGAAUACCAAAAAAUGGUGGCAAGAAGGGAAGCUAUCUUCACCAUUCAGUACAAUAUCCGCUCAUUCAUGAAUGUCAAACAUUGGCCUUGGAUGAAGCUGUUCUUUAAGAUUAAACCCCUAUUAAGGAGUGCAGAAGCAGAAAAAGAAAUGGCCACAAUGAAAGAAGAAUUUCAAAGAACCAAAGAAGAACUUGCCAAAUCUGAAGCCAAAAGAAAGGAACUGGAGGAAAAAAUGGUUUCUUUGUUGCAAGAGAAAAAUGACCUGCAGCUUCAAGUACAGUCUGAAAGUGAAAGCUUGGCAGAUGCUGAGGAAAGAUGUGACCAGCUGAUCAAAACCAAAAUUCAGCUGGAGGCUAAAAUCAAGGAACUGACAGAACGAGCAGAGGAUGAAGAAGAGCUGAAUGCCGAGCUGACGGCCAAGAAGAGGAAACUAGAAGAUGAGUGUUCUGAGCUGAAGAAAGAUAUCGAUGACCUUGAGCUAACACUAGCCAAGGUGGAAAAAGAAAAGCAUGCCACUGAAAACAAGGUGAAGAAUCUAACAGAAGAGAUGGCAGUUUUGGAUGAAACCAUUGUGAAAUUAACUAAGGAGAAGAAAGCCCUCCAAGAGGCCCAUCAACAAACCCUUGAUGACUUACAAGCUGAGGAAGACAAAGUCAACAGCCUCACUAAAGCCAAAACCAAGCUGGAACAGCAAGUUGAUGAUUUGGAAGGCUCCUUGGAACAGGAGAAGAAAAUCCGCAUGGAUCUUGAAAGAGCCAAGAGGAAGUUAGAAGGGGACUUGAAACUUGCCCAGGAAUCUCUCAUGGAUCUAGAAAAUGAUAAACAGCAGCUAGAAGAAAAGUUGAAGAAGAAAGACUUUGAGUAUAGCCAACUGCAAAACAAACUCGAAGAUGAGCAAAAUUUGGGUAUCCAGCUGCAGAAGAAAAUAAAAGAACUACAGGCGCGCAUUGAGGAGCUUGAAGAGGAGAUCGAGGCUGAGAGGGCCACUCGGGCCAAGGCGGAGAAGCAGCGGGCGGACUUGGCCCGGGAGCUGGAGGAGAUCAGCGAGAGGCUUGAAGAGGCGGGAGGCGCCACCUCUGCCCAGAUCGAAAUUAAUAAGAAGCGGGAAGCGGAAUUCCAGAAAAUGAGGCGCGAUUUGGAGGAAGCCGCCCUGCAGCACGAGGCCACGGUGGCUGCUCUGCGCAAGAAGCACGCGGACAGCACGGCCGAGCUUGGCGAGCAAAUCGACAACCUGCAGCGCGUCAAGCAGAAGCUGGAGAAGGAGAAGAGCGAGUUCAAAAUGGAGAUUGAUGACCUGGCCAGUAACCUGGAGUCUGUCUCUAAAGCGAAGGCUAAUCUAGAGAAAAUGUGCCGUACUUUAGAAGAUCAACUCAGUGAACUCAAGGCCAAGUCUGAGGAAAACCAGAGAGCAGUGAAUGAUUUAACCACGCAGAAAGCCCGUCUACAGGCAGAGUCAGGUGAACUGUCACGUCAACUUGAGGAGAAAGAGAGUAUAAUAUCUCAGCUUUCCAGAAGUAAGCAAGCAUUCACCCAGCAAAUAGAAGAACUGAAGAGACAGCUAGAGGAAGAGACCAAGGCAAAGAAUGCCCUGGCCCACGCCUUGCAGUCUGCUCGCCACGACUGCGACCUACUCCGGGAGCAAUAUGAAGAGGAGCAAGAGGCCAAGAGUGAGCUCCAGCGCGCCCUGUCCAAGGCCAACAGCGAAGUGGCUCAGUGGAGGACCAAAUAUGAGACUGAUGCCAUCCAGCGCACAGAAGAACUAGAAGAGGCCAAGAAAAAACUUGCUCAACGGCUUCAAGAGGCUGAAGAGCAAGUUGAAGCGGUGAAUUCCAAGUGUGCUUCCCUGGAGAAGACAAAACAGAGGUUGCAGUGUGAAGUGGAGGACCUCAUGGUAGACGUGGAGAGAGCAAACGCACAGGCAGCUGCCCUGGACAAGAAGCAAAGGAACUUUGACAAGAUUUUGGCAGAAUGGAAGGCCAAAUAUGAGGAGAGCCAGUCAGAACUGGAAGGUGCUUUGAAGGAAUCGCGGUCCUUGGGCACUGAGCUCUUCAAAAUGAAGAAUGCCUAUGAGGAAACAUUGGAUCAGCUGGAAACAAUCAAGCGGGAAAACAAGAAUUUGCAGCAGGAAAUAGCUGACCUUACAGAACAAAUUGCUCAAAAUGGCAAAUUUAUCCAUGAACUUGAAAAGGCCAAGAAGCAAAUAGAAGUGGAGAAAUCAGAAAUGCAGAUGGCUCUAGAGGAAGCAGAGGCAGCUCUUGAACACGAGGAGGCGAAAAUCCUUCGCGUUCAACUUGAGUUGACUCAGGUGAAAUCUGAGAUUGACAGAAAGAUAGCUGAGAAAGAUGAAGAAAUCGAUCAGCUGAAGAGGAACCACCAAAGAACUGUGGAAACAAUGCAAAGUGCUUUGGACGCAGAAAUACGUAGCAGGAAUGAAGCUAUACGGAUUAAAAAGAAGAUGGAGGGAGAUCUCAAUGAAAUGGAAAUCCAACUGAGCCAUGCCAACCGUGUUGCAGCUGAGACACAGAAACACCUCAGGAAUGUCCAAGGACAGCUCAAAGACACACAGCUACAUUUGGAUGAUGCUCUUCGAGGACAAGAAGAUCUAAAGGAGCAAUUGGCCAUGAUUGAGCGGAGAGCCAACCUGAUGCAGGCUGAGAUUGAGGAGCUCCGGGCAGCUCUGGAGCAGACAGAGCGGGGCAGGAAAAUCGCUGAACAAGAGCUCCUGGAUGCCACGGAGCGAGUGCAGCUUCUGCACACACAGAACACCAGCCUUAUUAAUACGAAGAAGAAGCUGGAAGUUGAUAUUUCUCAACUUCAAAGUGAAGUAGAAGAUGCCAUCAAAGAGGCCAGAAAUGCAGAGGAGAAAGCAAAGAAGGCCAUCACAGAUGCGGCCAUGAUGGCAGAGGAGCUGAAGAAGGAGCAAGACACCAGUGCCCACCUGGAGAGGAUGAAGAAGAACCUGGACCAGACUGUCAAGGAUCUGCAGCUCCGUCUGGAUGAGGCAGAGCAGCUGGCCCUGAAAGGGGGAAAGAAGCAGAUCCAGAAAAUGGAGGCCAGGAUUCGAGAGCUGGAGUCAGAGCUUGAGGGAGAGCAGAAGCGAGCUACAGAAGCCAUCAAGGGUAUUCGCAAGUACGAACGGCGCGUCAAAGAGCUGACUUUCCAGGGUGAAGAGGACAGGAAGAAUGUAAUUAGGCUACAGGAUUUGGUGGAUAAGCUUCAGCUCAAGGUCAAGUCUUACAAGAGACAAGCGGAGGAGGCUGAUGAACAGGCCAACAUGCACCUCUCCAAAUUCAGGAAAACACAGCACGAGCUGGAAGAGGCUGAGGAAAGGGCUGAUAUUGCUGAGUCUCAGGUCAAUAAGCUCCGAGCAAAGACCAGAGAAGUUACUAUCAAAAAGGUGGUGCUAGAAAGUGAAGAGUGAAUGCACUACAGGACCGAAGCUGGGAAUGUAUGCAAAAUGCAUAUGUCUCUCUAGGAUGGUUUGAAAACUGUAGUACUCCUGUAAUCUUUCCUCAGUCACCCCCUAUAGAAAAUAAAUUGUGCUUUGCAUAAAGA